AUGGCGCCCGCGAAGGAGGACGCUCUUUACCCCCCACCUAUGUACCUGGGAAUAACGAGACCGCUUACGUAUCCUGUAAGGCAGAACGGGAAGUGUAUGGCCAAAAUGAUCCUGUGCGUAUGGCUCUUAUCUGCCUCUAUCACUAUCCCCCCACUCUUUGGUUGGGCCCAAAACGUAAACGAUGAAAAGGUUUGUUUGAUCAGUCAAGACUUCGGCUACACCAUUUACUCCACGGCAGUUGCAUUUUAUAUUCCAAUGUCGGUGAUGCUUUUCAUGUACUACCAGAUUUACAAAGCUGCCAAGAGGAGUGCUGCUAAACACAAGUUUGCUGGAUUUCCCCGGCCAGAAGAAAUGGAAGGGAUUUCUAUGAAUGGAGUUGUAAAACUGCACAAGGAAUCUGAAGAAUGUACUAAUUUUUCACGUCUCCUAAAGCAUGACAAGAAAAACAUUUCCAUCUUUAAAAGAGAACAGAAAGCUGCCACUACGCUUGGGAUUAUUGUUGGGGCUUUCACUGUCUGCUGGCUGCCCUUCUUCCUCCUCUCAACCGCCAGGCCCUUCAUCUGUGGUACAGCAUGCAGCUGUAUCCCACUGUGGGUUGAGAGAACAUUUCUAUGGUUGGGUUAUGCAAACUCUCUCAUUAACCCUUUUAUAUAUGCCUUCUUCAAUCGGGACUUGAGGACAACUUACCGCAACCUACUGCAAUGCAGAUACAGGAAUAUCAAUCGGAAACUGUCAGCUGCAGGGAUGCAUGAGGCUCUGAAGCUUGCAGAAAAACCAGAAUUUGUUCUGAGAAAUUCUGGUUUCUCCAGGGAAAAAGAGUCAUGA